CUCCUACCUUUUCUCUUGACGUCUUCGCACUAGUCACCACAACCCACAGGCACUGCAUCGCUUUGCGGCCAUCGUUGACCGCAGCGGCGCGACGACUGCUCCUAAAGACAAGGAAGGAGCGCUGGUGGCGGAAAGGGGGUCAUAACAUAUCGGGCCAGAAAUGAGACAGCGUCAGCAUGCUCGUUUGUGAUCUCAAACGCCUUGAGGCCACACAACCAAGCAUAUUUCUUGUUUACGAAUCGGAAAUCGAAAUCUUCAAGUCACCGGAUGUACGCGUCUAAGGACGGAACUGGACUAUAUAAGCCAGACAAAAAAGCCGUUGAAUCAGGCAUUUCCCCCCUUGGACCCCCAUGGCCCCCGAAUUGGAACUACGCCCCGUACGCUCGACUGGGGACAGCAGUCCCUCAUCUUCCUCCUUAUCAAGCCAGUCCGACUCAAUCCCUUCCCAUUUACAAAUAGACUCCCCGGAUUAUUCACCAAGUGUUAUACGCAACUCAGUCUUCAUCUCUUCUCCACUGAAUCCCUCCUCACCGGACCACAGGCCCUGCUUCAAUUCCCUUGGUCGAAAAUCUAUCGUCACCCGUUUUCCCUCAGAAGAUGCCCGUGCACUUGGAAACUCAUCCUCUUCACCACGAAACUCCAUGAUCCUUUACCAUCUCGUCGACGACGGUUCAUUACCCUCUCCACCACGGAUUCACAGUAAACGCGAAUCCAUCAACUCCCUGUCCGGAGACACCGUCGUCUCCGUCUCUUCUGAUUCUAAAUACCCUUCAGGGAAUUUGGGCGCGUCGGAGCGAGGUUUAAUCGCGUACGCGUAUGAUCCAGCUUUGGAUGAUGAUGUAGACGAUGACGAUUGGGAAAACAAACCUCUCGACUCCAACCGGGAAUCACUAUCAAAGCGUGGCAUCCUAAACGUUGGUGGACUCUUGACACUAUUCUUGAUUGCCGUUGGGUUACUCCUCAUACUACCGAUUGUGGACCAGAAAAAUUACAGUAGCAAAUGGCUAAUAACACAUAAUCCAAGAAUCAACUCGACAGGGCAAGCUGAGGAAGAGAUCGAUGUCAUUCCUAACAAAAGGAGAAACGAGACUCCAGCCUUAGAUAUCCAUAUUGACCCGUCAACACCCGUACACGCUCGUAAGAUCAUGGUACCUCGUGCCAAGACGGAGGAGACGGUCAUGUAUGACCUCGUGUUCUCCCGGGAAGGAGAUUCGCUCUGUGGAUCAAUUGCUCUUCACGACCUGAAUCCCAGUCCAUCCCAUCUCGUCGAAUUUCGGUACCGCGAUGGUUUCCGUUCAUUCUGGCAUAACGGGAUAUGGCAGCACGUAAGGAAUGAUGAAGUGGACAUUCCUACCUUCGUGAUAACCCCAAGUCGAUUAUGGUUAGCGAGGCGGUAUGUCGAGUUCGAGGCCGAUAGACUAUGUCAAGGCGGUCUCCAUAUCGAAUACUUACGAAUGUAUCGAAUAUCAUAAAGCCCGUAGACUGUGCCUGUUACCUUAGUAGUGUGCACCAAUACCUGGUAUUAUGUACCUAUCUACACUCACACCUAUAGUAUUCCCGUCUGCUGUAUCUAACUCAUCCUGUAUCUAUACCUCCGAAAUGAAUUCGGAUGACAUUCGACGCCCAUCUUCGCUUCACCGUUCCUAUCGGUCCUGGU